AAGAAGGAUGGUUCAAAUGAAGUUUAUGUUGAUCGAGCUAAACUAUGGAAGAAAGCUCGAGUUAACAAGCAAGGACAGUACGACAACGACGACAUUCAGCAAGUCGUCCAUAAAAUAGAUGAGAUAUCAAUGAAUACAGAUUCAUCAUCUGUGAAUAGACACUGUUCGAAUGAUGUAUUAACACAAGCAUUGGGUACGAAAGAGCACAAUGGUCGUGUGCGUGGGGUUGUGGAUACGUUACUCCAACAACGUACUUUCAUUCAGUUAAGAAAACAUCAAAAGAUGAGGCGAACAUUCUAGUUGAGAAUGAAGAGCUCCGUAGGCGAGUUAGUGAAUUAGAGGCACAAAUUCGCUCAAACUUAUCUACACCGUUGUCUGCACACGGGAGUUGUUCAAGGCCAAUAGUGUUAGAGGGGAUUGAAGAGAAGGGUAAGAGAAUAGAAGUGGAAUCGUUGGACAAACCAAAACAUAAGGAAAAGAAAGGGAAGGAGGUGAUGAAGAUGAAUGAACCAGAGUUGGACGUCUUGAAGGAGAGGGACUUAAUAAAAAUGCCUACAGAAGUUGUAUGUGAAUCGACAUCAACUUUGCCAUUAGCGUUGAAGUCGAUUCUCAGAUAUGCUGAGAAGGUAAUGGAGAAAGAUUCCAGCAUCACUUUUUCACUACCUGCUGACCUUUUUGGCGAUAGUCGAAAGACUUCUGUGCUUCGAGAGGAUAUCGUUGAUCUUUGUAACAUGAACGAAGUGAAAACGUUUACAUUGGUGGCCUAUAUGAUGUACUUGUAUUCGUCUGUUAGUGGUUCGAAAGAAAAUAUGCAGUAUGUCUUUGUAGAUCCGUCCCUGAUCUCUUCUGGAAACACACAAGAAUCUCGAAUUCGAAACUUGUGUAGUAGAUUGAUGGUGUCCAAACCCGACCAAGUAGUUCUUGCUCCUUUUAAUCCCGGGGGUCAUUGGGCACUGCUUGCUAUAAAUGCGUAUGAGGAUACAGUGUUUUACCUUGACUCGCUAAGGACAACAUCAAAAGCAACUACAAGAUAUGUAACCGACACAGCAAUAGCAAUAUUUCACUCGCAAAAGAACAUUAAUAAAAGCAGGAAACAAACUUUAUGGCGAACAGUAAAGUGUCCACUACAAGUCGGGAGCACUACGUGUGGAUACUAUGUCAUGAAGUAUAUGAGAGAAAUUGUAAAUAGGGGAAGCAUUGUCAUCUCGGAUUCGAUUGAUACACGAAAAUCAUACUCACAAGCCGAGUUAGAUGAGGUGCGGGUUGAGUUGGUAGAGUUUUUGGGUUCGUACAUGUGAUCUAGGACUUAUGACGUCAUCUCUGCAAAAGGAAAUUAACUUUAUUUUUUGUGGCUGAUUUUUUGAAAUGUUCAUCUGGAGGGUAGAGGUUAAUUGAUAUACUUUUGAGACUUUGUAGAGGAUUAGAGUUUAGGUGAAUUGUUGAUAGGUGAACUGUUCAUAUAUGUAGGGGGUUGCCAUUAUGAAAGUUUAUGGAUUGGGGAUGAUAUACUUUUGGGCUAGGUUAGUUAAAUAGAUGAUGUUUAGUUCAAUUCUUGGAAAUCUGUUGAAAUUGUUUAUAUAUAUAUAUAUAUAUAUAUUGGUUUUGUUAAUGAUAUAUGAAUAUGAUGCAAAGUUUUGGAAAUGAUAUUGAAUGGAUGAUGUUUAGUUGCCAUUUGAUGUA